UAUCUUGCCUUCCGUGCAAUCUUAAUACCUUGUUCUGCACAGUGAGAUGUUUCCACAGUUAGGGAGAUCCAAUUUGACCGUACCUAUUCUGCCAAAGUAACCUUCUGAAGCCCGAUUUACCACCGCUGACAGGAACGGGGUAUCGGUAAUUAAAAAAAAGGAUUGAAGCAUGCUGUCACUUCCAUCUUUCUCCUGUUUCUAAUUCUUUCUUUCGUGUCGUGGUGUUUUUCUUUUUUGUUUUUCCUUUUCGAGAAGAAGACUUCAGAAAGAAAUCUAUUUAUUCAAAGAUCUCCACAUCCUGUCGAGUCAAAAUUCAAGCAAAGAAAAAGAACCUCACCAAGGUAUUUUUCCUUCACACUUUCAGGGAAGAAUUUGUAGAGAAACCACCAUAGUUGGAGGGAGAAUCAAAUUCGUCAAGGGAGCAAACCCCUCAAUCUGUUACGAUAAAUCAACAUUUUAUUAGUACAUGCACAGCUAUUUUCUAGAUACUUCAGAAUGCAAAACGGGAGGCUGCCUGAGGAAUUCCCUCAACGUAACCCAAUUGGUAAAAAGAAACCCAAGUUAGAGACAGCUUUUGCAUUGCAACAAGGAGAAGAGAAUCUUAGACGGGUCCAAAACCCAUUCCCACAAUCAAUCAAGUCGCAAAAGAGUAAAAGGAAAGUGAAGAUGGAAGUUUCCCCAUCGCCACAACAACCUGAGAGAUCGACGUCAGAUUCUUUGCCUGAUUCUUCACAAUCUGGAAAUGAGUAUCGAGCAUUGAGGCGGAGGUAUUUACUGUUGGAGGAAGAGAGCUUCGGGUUGGGAAGGGAACUGACAGAAGUGGGAGUUGAGGUUAAAAGUUUGGAGGAUGAAAAGCUUGCACUGUUGGACCAGCUUGUUGUGUUAGAAGGUCUUAUUGGUCCAUCAGAACUGCAGCAUAGACUACCUCCACCAGUAUUGUAAGUCUAAUUUUAACAUCGUUAUUCUGCUGUAUGUGAGCACUUGCCCUAAAAUGUUUACUUGUGGUCAUGCUUCUCGCGAUUGACCUUAGUAAUGGUAAAAAGUUAUUACAUCUAGGAAUAUUGUUUGGUUCCUGUUCUUUUCCGUUC